GGAACGAGAAGGAGCGCGCGCGAAGGAGAAAGACAGCCGGAGAGCGAAGGAUAGAGGGAGCGAAGAAGAAAGAAGAAGAAGAAGAGGAGGAGGCCUCCGCCUCGACAUAUAUGCGGUGAGAACGCGCGCCUCCUGACUCAGUGCUUGACAAGCCAGCAAGCUCUUAGGAUCCACCGGGUUUCACCGGCACGGCACGCUUCGCCAGCAAAGCCAGCUGCCUGCCACUGCCACGCGAGUACACGCAAACAGAGUAGAGCAGUUCGUCUUUUCUCUUACCUUUUGCCUUUUGCCUUUUGUCUUUUGCCUUUCGCCUCUUACCCUUCGCCUUUCGCCUCCCACCAGCCGCCUCCCGCCUCUCGCCUCACGCCACACGCCUCUCUCGCCUCUCGUCUCUCGCCGCACACCUUUCGCCUCUCUCACCUUUCGCCGGUCCUCUCCUUCCUCGAGGCUAGGCGGGAUCGCAGCGAGUAUCCGUCUUCCUUCCGGGACCCGUCCGCGACCUCUGACCUGCCAGCCACCUCCCUCCCACGCUCUUCUUCCCCGUUUCUUCUCUCCGUUUCUCUCCGUUUAUCGCGCUUUCACCGUCCAUCCUUCCCCGUCCGUUUCGCCGGCGUCGAAACCAGCUGAUCGCCGAGGCUGUCCGAUAGAUCGGAGAGAGUCGGGACAGUCGAAACCGUUGAAAUCGUCGAAGCGGUGCGACGCGGUGCUACGCGGUGCUACGCGGUGCGACGCGCAUCGACGCGCAUCGACGCGGUGAUCUUCCGCGGAAACGAGUCGCGGACCGGAAGGACUUCACGGAGGGACAACGACGGAACCAAGGGAUCCCGAGCCAGAUUCUGAAAGGGGAUGGAAGAGGAGACGUGGAUCGGCGGCCUGUGACAGCAGCGGUGCCAUGAUACGUUCGGGAACACGUUUGGGAAGACGCGCGGUGCACCGGUAAACUGAGUGUAUCAGUAGCGCGCGCGUGUCGAGAUUAAAGUUCGCGCUGGAACGGAGGUCACGAGGGUUCACCGGACCGUUUCGUUUCGUUUCGUUUCGUUACGUUUCGAAGGGGUGGGGGAGGAGGAGGAGGUGGGAGAGGUGGAGGAGGAGGAGGAGGACACCGAAGGAGAGUCCCGCGGAGCAAGGGAGACAGAGAGAGAAAGAAAGAGAGAGAGAGAGAGAGAGAGAGAGCGGGAGAGAGGAGAGACGGUCUUGAGAGCCGGCGAGCGACAGAGCAUCGCCCUCAAGUGCAAUGUGAUUUUCAGGAUGUCCUUCUGCCCGGUUUGUCUGUUUGCAUCUAGUGCUUCUAGUGAGUGACUAUGGUAAAUGAUUUUGUACGGUGAGCAGGAUAAACGGAAGCAACGGACAGAAGAGUGGAGCGGAGGCACUCUUGUCUCGAGCAAUCGAACAGUUUCCAUCGUUACCGGGCUCGACUUCUUUCGACGGGAACACGGCGGCUCCGUUGCGUUUCCGCGCGUUCGCCGCAUUCGUCGUCGGGGAAACAACCGGAGGAACGGAACCGACAAGAGCGAGAAGAAGAAGAAGAAGAAGAAGAAGAAGACGAGCGGGAGAGACACCACAGGAGAGCGUAGAUCGCGAUCGUGGAUCGAGUCCGAUAGCCUAAAUCGGGUGAUGCGUCCGCUCCGGCUUCUGAACGCGGUGACGAGCUGCGCGUUCCCGAACGAGGAACCCUAGGACCUCGCGAGUGGGCUCGCGGGAGGCCGAUAUCGCGCGAUAAGUCACGGAAGAAGAACCGCAUCGCGGCCGAGCAGGAGACGGAAGAAGAGUCGAGGCUGGAGGUAGUGGAGAACGAGGAGGGAGACGAGGAGGAGGAAGAAGAAGAGGAAGAAGAAGAGGAAGAGGAACCAGCGUAUCCGCGGCGAAGGACCGCCGGGUAAUCCGCGCGAGAUAAGCGCGGCCGGGCUGGUCUAGGGAGGAUCCAGCGAGGAUCCAGGGAGGAUCCAGCGAUCCAGGAUCCGGGCACGCUGACGGAGCAGGAAUCGGCAAAGGCGCGAGCACGAUGAGGCCGAGCACCUGAUCGUUCCGUUUGCGACCAAGGCCGAUCGUGAACCGAUCCGACUAACGGUGACCUUGAGCAAGAUGGUCAGGAGGGCGCUGCUGCUACUCUCGCUGAUCUUCCUCGGUGCCUUCGACGCGCCCGGCAUCGAGAGAGCCCCCGUGAGGUUCACGGCGAUGGCCGUGAACGCCUGCAACACGUGUAGGAUGCACGAGGAGAUCAGGGCCCUCAGCCUCGAAGCCAUCAAGGGUCAGAUUCUGACCAAGCUCGGGCUGAAGCAGGCGCCGAACAUGACCGGCCGGGCACUGCCGAGGAUCCCGCCGAUCUCCAAGCUGAUGGACAUGUACGGGAUGCAGGCGGACCAGCCGCAGCCCCUCGAGCCUGGCAUCACGCACCACGAGGAAAUCGACGAAUACGCCGCCAAGACCGAGAGCGUGUUCGCCCUGGCCCAGCCACAUCAGAGGCUGAGGCAUUCGAAGGGCAGCUUGGACGUGCUCUACUUCAAGUUCUCGGACAAGGUGGUGCAGCAUCGAGUGACCAGAGCCGAGCUGUCCCUGUGGAUAUGGGGCAGCGGGCAGGAGGCGGCCGGGAAGGAGGAUCGCUCGGCGGACGGCAAGUCCGGCGAGCCGGAGAGCCAGGAGGACUCGGGCCCGGUGACGAUCACGUUGCAGAGGAUCCUCCGGGGGGCCACCGAGUCCGGCGGGCCGCUGCUGGGCCCGGCGUUGACCACCAAGCACCCGAGGCCCGCCGGCCGCGGCGGCUCCUGGGUGACCAUCGAGCUCCGGAGGAUGGUGGCCGAGUGGUUCAAGCACCCCAGGGACAACCUAGGCGUCGCCCUCAAGAUCUCCGGGCCCGGUCCCGGCGGCAACCACCGGAGGAACUCGAAGCUGGUCGAGACCAAUCCCGGCGCCGAGUACGCGCCCUACCUCGAGGUGCAGACGCAGGAGCUCGACUCCCGAAGGGGGGCCAGGAUCAAGCGGAACAUAGGACUGAAUUGCGACGAGACCAGCCAGGAGCCCAAGUGCUGUCGGUACAAGCUCACCGUCGACUUUGAAAAGUUUGGCUGGGAUUGGAUCAUCGCGCCCAAAAAGUACGACGCGAACUAUUGUUCGGGCGACUGUCCAAUGGCGUUUCUGCAGUCGUAUCCGAACACCCACAUCGUGAGCCUGGCGUUGCCGCCGAACAACACCGGGCCCUGUUGCGCUCCGAGGAAGCUCUCGGAGAUCACGAUCCUCUAUUUCGACAACGAGUACCAGAUCGUGUUCUCGCGGCUACCGGGCAUGGUUGUCGAGAGAUGCGGAUGUACAUAGUCCACCGUACGGCUCGACGAGGAGCGACUCCGACGACGACAACAACAUCGACGACGAGAGGGAGAAGGAGGAGGAGAAGAAGA